GCAGUACCCUCAAUUGUGAAUAGUAGCCAAGUAGACGCUAGCAGUUUAAAGUACGUGGCAUAAAACUUUAGACAUGGAAGUAGCCGCACUGUUCGCCUUAACGCUUUUACUGGGUGCACUGGUUAUACUGGUUGCAUUAGCUGUUGGCAGACGGAAAGAAGAAAUAAGAGAAGAAAUAGAGCAGGCGGCGGAAUUUGCCGCUGUAGGCAGCGUUGCCAAGGUCCCCGCAUCCAAGAAACCAAAGCAGGAGAAGCUGCGCAGCCGUAAGGAUAAAGCUUCACAGCACACUUUUAGUCAUCCGCUGUUGGCAGCCUCGCUGAAGAGCCACAGUGCCAACGUGACAUGCCUGGACUUCAGUAGUAACGGGAAGUACCUGGCGUCAUGCGCUGACGACCGCACCGUCCGCAUCUGGAGCACCAAAGACUUCCUGGAGCGGGAACACAAGUGCCUGAGGGCCAAUGUGGACCUGGAUUACGCCACACUGGUCCGCUUCAGCCCGGACUCCAGAGCGUUUAUCACUUGGUUGGGCAAUGGAGAUACCAUCCGAAUCUUCAAAAUGAUGAAAAAGGAGGAUGGUACUUUUACCUUCAAAGCUGCCUCUGAGGACUUCCCACAGAAACACAAGGCCACCAUCCUCAACAUUGGCAUUGCAGAAACGGGCAAGUUCAUAAUGAGCGCCUCCACAGACACCACCAUACACAUCUGGGACCUGAAAGGAGACAUACUGGCCUCCAUCAACACAAACCAGAUAACAAAUUCUUAUGCUACCGUCUCCCCAUGUGGCAGGUUCGUAGCGUCAUGCGGCUUCACUCCUGACGUGAAGGUGUGGGAGGUUUGCUUCGGGAAGGGAGGAGAGUUCAAAGAGGUGGCGCGAGCUUUUGACCUGAAGGGCCACUCUGCAGGAGUUCACGCGUUAGCAUUCUCCAAUGACUCCCGCAGAAUGGUGACUGUCUCCAAAGACGGCACGUGGAAGCUGUGGGACACAGAUGUGGAGUACAAAAAGCAGCAGGACCCCUACCUCCUGAAGACAGUCCCCUGUGCGUCAUCAGAAGGUAGCCUGGUGGCCUUGUCCCCAGACGGACGGGUGGUGGCCAUCAGUGACGGCUGUAACGUGGCCAUGUACAGCGCCGCCACCGGCCAGCUGGAGGAGGAACUGCACGGCGUCCACAGCGAAGAGAUCAACGACCUUAGAUUUGACGUUAACGGGCGCUUCUUGGCAUGCAGCGGCGACAAGGCCAUCCGAGUGUUUCACAACGCCCCGGGCUACCGGGCAGCCAUCAGGGACAUGAAGGACAUGCUGAAGAAGGCCCAGAACGAGGCCAUGAAGCAGAGACUGCAGCAGCAGAUCAGUGAAGCUCAGAGAACCCUGGACACUGUGCUGGCUGCUCCAGUCGACUAAAGGAGACCCAAGAAAACUACUCUCUGAUCUUGACCGUGUCAGACUCUGACUGCUAAUCUUUUUUGAAGCCUCAACUCACCCUCUGCCACUAAGUGAUCUGGCCUGGGGAUAAUGGAAUUUGCAUGCUGUUUUAAUAAAGAAGAUCUUUUUAUGGAAAAAUAAAAAUGUCGUUCAGGUCUUUUUGUCCUGUUUCAUUUUCAAUAUGAGUGUUCUCUGUUGUGUCUGUUUUUUAUAUGUCUUCUGCAACUUUAAAGUCUGACUACUCUCAAAUGUUGUUUUUGCCUAUUUGUUCAUUUACUUUGACGUUUGAGCUUCACUGUGCAGAAUGAUGCUUGUGCAAAGUUUGACACUAAAAAGCUGUUUUCACUUUAAUUUGCUGAAGUUUCUCUGCUCAACUCAAUCAUUACAUCAAAUACAUACAUUUUAUUUUUAACAUUCAUUUUUCCAAGAUAUUCCCUUUUGAGAUUUAAAAUCUCUUUGACAAUGGAGUCCACAUACAAGCACAAACAGACUUAAGAACAACAUGAGAAAUUUCGAAUAAAAUAAAUAAGCAACAGUCUUUAAACAAAAAGCAAAUUGAAUCAGGAAACUUUCAGAAAAGGGCUCGUUAUUAGUUUAUUCAUGUACGUUUUAAAUGAUUUGAGCAUCACAAAUCUAAUUUCAUUCAACUGAAUCUAUGAUCUCUAAUAA